GUUCGGGUGGCGCGGGUACCGAACCCAACACCAACCAACCCAACACAACCCAAACCCCAUCCGCAAACCACUCCGCCCCGGCCCCGUCUCUUUCCUACCCCCACACAGAGGAGAGCACUGGCAGGCGCGCACACACCACCGCGCCGCGGCCGUGCCAAUAUAGUAGUAGGAGAGCACUAGCCGUAUGCCAUGGUAGUGGCGCCACCACUUCUACGCCUAUAGUAUCCAGCCGCCUCGCAUCGCCGCUCGCCUCUUUUCCAUCCCCUGCCACCGAGCGGCACCGAACUGGGCGGGGCGACCGGUGGCCGGCCGGCCCCAGCGCGGAGCUGCUGCGCGCGCGUGCGGACCUAACGCGCUCUUUCCGCUGGAGUAAAGGCUCGCCACCUUCCCUGCUGCUGCUAUCUGUUCUGCUUGCUCCAGCAGCAAGUCAAGAGGCAGCGACGGUCGGGUUCGGCGCGGCGCGGCUGGGCAAGCGCGGGUAAUCCGGCGGCGCCAUGAGCAGGGAGCAGCAGCAGCCGCGGCGGUUCAUUGCCAUCCCCUUCUCCUCCGGCUGCCGCUCCCACUCCAGCGUCGACGUCGUCGACACCUCGCGCCUCGCCGGCAAGAAGCCUCACCCGCAAGCAGGGAUUGAGUUCGGGGUGGUGCCAGGCGGCGCGUUGGCGAGGCCGGCGUCGGCGGCGGGCAAGGGGGAGUCGCUGGUGGCACGGCUCCUCCGCGGGUUCAAGAACCUGUCCCAGAUCUUCGCGGUGUACGACGAGGACGAGGACGAGGAGGAGGAGCGGGAGAUGGUGAUCGGGCUCCCCACGGACGUGAAGCACGUCGCGCACAUCGGCUGGGACGGCAGCACCAGCACCACCACCAGUCUCCGCUCCUGGAACCGCGCCGCGCCGCCUCCGCCACCGGCACCCUCCUCCGCCUCCGCGUCCGCGUCCACCUCCGCCGCCGCGCCGCCCCAGCAGCAGCACCAGCCGCCGGAGCAGUACCCGCUGCCCCUACCGGCGCUCGACAUGCGGCAGUUCGAGCUCGCCAUGGCCGCCCAGGCCGCCGCCACGAGCGCCGGCACCAGCGGCCCCCACCGGCAUCACAGCUAGCGUCGAGCCAGGGAGGAGUUGGUACACCCUUGGCUCGUCAGUCGUCACAGGCCGUCGUCCGUUUCUGCCGUCCACCUCCGUCCCCAUGUGGAGCAGGGUGGGGACGGGAGCGAGCGCCCGGGCCGGUCGGUCCGACCUCCUCGGCUCUUCCUCCCGCCCGUCCGCCUGCCCGUUCCCCGCCCUGGUCGCCGCCGUGUCGUCGGAGUUGGUGCAUGCUUCGUUUGCUUGUGCUUUGGCCAUUGCUGCGGUGCUCUGUACUGUACGUAGCCCAUUUUUUUCCCCCGGGGGUUUCUUGUUGGCUUGCUACUUGUUCCUUACCGCCGUUACGAAAUCUUAAUUGCUCGCUCUA